UUAAACUGUUAUCUUAAUUGAAGCUUAACUACUUAACGGAGAGGAUGUCGCGAUAAUAGGCAAUGUUAAAAUAGUACAUAUAAACACUGUGUUUUAAAUCGGCACUAAUAUUAUUUUCUUACAUUGGGCGAAGUUGACUUUGUAUAUGACACAUUCGUUGUAAGUGGACACGGGUGUUUUCUCAUAUCGCUUUAGUUAUAAGGAACCUCUUUCAAUAUUUAUUGUGACUCGAAUAGAAUAAACAUUGCAAGCGACAGUUGUUAAAAAAAUGAAAUCACAUAUUAACCAAAAUAAUUGCGUGUAACAUUCCAUAAAGGCGAAGACUGAAAAUGAUGUAUGUUCUCUCUUAAGCUUUAAAGAAUGAGAAUAUUGUUUACUGACUACACAGUAAUAAUAGCUGAGUUCAUUAUUGCUUACAUACUGAGGAACAUCAUUUUCGUUGAGGGCCAGACCUGUAGUGCUGUUGAACGAAAUUUUACUGCUAGCACAACAGAAAUGAUAUCUCUGACCUCUCCAGGAUAUAAUGGUGGAUCUGGAACAUACCAAAAUGAUAUGGAUUGUUGGUGGAUAAUAGAUUCCGGAUCUGACGAUUUACAGUUAUUGAUAUUUCUUACAUAUGACAUAUCUUGUCCCGGGGAUACUAUAGCAUUAUAUAAUGCUGAGGACCAAACUUCCACGUUAUUUGCAUCGUGUGGUGCACCAUCAUCGGCUGUUCAUUACUCCACAACACAGCGUUAUUUACGUGUAGAGAUGCGCUCAGAUUCAUCUACAGUUAAAUCUGGUUUCAAAUUAGAAUAUUUAGCUGCUAAAAAUCAUGAGGGAAAAGGUUGUCAGAACCGAGAAGAUAUAAUCUUAACUGAAAAUUUUCAGUUUUUAUCUAGUCCUAGUUUUCCAGAAAAAUAUCCAAGUUCCAGCAAUUGUCGAUGGAAUUUGUUAUACGAAUUUGGUGCAAUAGAAAUAAAUGUUAUACUUGGAGAUAUCGAAGAUGGAACGUCGUGCGAUUAUGACAAAUAUCAGAUAUACGAUGGCGAACAUCGAUGUGAUUAUAACAGAAUGUCAGUUGUAUGUGAUGAAUAUCCCGAUACAACACCUUACAACUACACAUCUAAUAGUACAUCAGUUGUUGUAGCAUUUGAAAGUGAUGGUUCUGUCAAUAGACGAGGAUUUUUGUUGAGGUAUAGAGGGAUACCUAAUCCAACUACCACUACAAUGACGUCAUCAAAUACAACUGAGAGUAAUUCAAACGAUUUUAUAAUUACUGCUGAAAUUUUGUUAGGUCUAGUGUUUGGAUCUCUAGGACUUAUAUCAUUCACUAUAAUAACAACAGUAUGCAUUGUGAUGAAACUUAGAGUGCCUUUAGAAAAGACUAUUUCAACAACUCCAAUCAAAUCUGUAAAAUCAAAACCAACUAUUCAGACAAUCAGUAGAUAUAAUAACAAUACGCAUACUAAGCCAGCAAUAUUGAAUAACAAGACGGUAACAAAUGGUGUUCCCAGGAGAAUAGCAGCUUGGUAGCUUUACGACUCUCCUCUAAACCAGCAAUAUUGAAUAACAAGGCGGUAACAAAUGGUGUUCCCAGGAGAAUAGCAGCUUGGUAGCUUUACGACUCUCCUCUAAACCAGCAAUAUUGAAUAACAAGGCGGUAACAAAUGGUGUUCCCAGGAGAAUAGCAGCUUGGUAGCUUUACGACUCUCCUCUAAAAAAUAAUCAAAAGCAUUUGGUUUAAUAUAAAUGAAUGCGUAAUAAGAUAUAGUGUGAUGUAAAGGCGUUAGAAAACACUCGACCGACUGUUACCUGUUACCUAAUCUGUAAUGUCUGCCUCUGUCAGGCGCACCACCAUACGGUGUAAAUUGGGUGUUGCUAUAUACAGGGGCUCAAUCACACCUUAACUACAUGCUUUAUUAAGGGUUUCAUCAUGAAAUUUAUGUUAACUGGGUAUAUACAAAUAAUGACCAUAAAUGGGAAGUUAUUACAUUCCAGGUGAUUAAAAAAUUGGUCAUAUUUAAAAUAACAAUCAAAGAUUCGACCGUACUCUAUAUUGCUUAUAUUGCUUUUUGAAGCUUGCAACAAGUUUUAUAGCAAAUUUUCAAACAUUCUUAGACGACAGUAGUGUACUUCGUUAAUGUUUUGUUAAAUGAUUUGAAAAUUAAUAUUAAAAUUUUGGUAAUAUUUUACACAAUAUACCGUUGAUGUAUUACUUGUAUUUUUGUACUGUAUUGAAUUGUCAUCUUUGUAUUUUUAUAUGUGUUGUUAUAUCAAUUCCUAUUUAUUUAUUUAUGUACAUUGUAAAUUUUUCAAG